CUACGAGGUUGGGUCCGCAUUCUCCUUCCAUUCACUUCUCCUGCUCUUCACGAUUUUUUGCGGCGGCGUUUCUCUGUUUUUAAGGCAUAGCGGUCAACUUCUGUGCGAGAAUGAUACGAUAGUAAACAACCUGACGCCUUUGUUUGGACGCGGAGCUUCCCCGCGGCGACGUUCGCGAUGGGCAUCUCGGGUCUUCUUCCUCUCCUAAAGUCCAUCCAGCAACCAUGCAGUCUCAAGAAGUUCGCCGGACAAACCAUUGGCGUCGACGCCUAUGGAUGGUUGCAUCGAGGGACAGCCGGAUGUGCUAUUGAGCUUGCGCUGGGAAAGCCCACUACCAAAUACGUCGAUUUCGCCAUGAACCGCGUCCGAAUGCUCAUCCACUUUGGAAUCACACCCUACCUCGUCUUUGAUGGAGAUUACCUUCCCAGUAAAGCUGGAACCGAGAAAGAAAGGGCUCAGAAGAGAAGGGAUAGCAAGAAGCUUGGCUUGGAACUGCUGCAGAUGGGGAAGACGUCGCAGGCGCACUUGGAGCUGCAAAAGGCCGUGGAUGUUACACCGGAGAUGGCGCGGGAGCUGAUUGAGGAACUGAAAUUCCAUGGUAUCCAGUAUAUUGUUGCACCUUACGAGGCGGAUUCACAGCUGGCCUAUCUGGAACGGCAGGGCAUCAUCAACGGGAUUCUCUCGGAGGACUCCGACUUGCUGGUGUUCGGUGCCAGAUGCUUGAUCACGAAGCUGGACAAGUACGGCGAGUGCGUGGAGAUCAACCGGAACCACUUCACAGCUUGCAGGGAGGUUAGCCUGGUAGGCUGGUCCGACGCCGACUUCAGACGGAUGGCUAUGUUGAGCGGAUGCGAUUAUCUGCCUGGCAUUGGGAAGAUGGGCUUGAAGACGGCGUAUCGUAUGUUGCGCAAGCACAAAACUGUGGAGCGAGUAAUCAAGGCGGCGCAGUUCGAUGGACAGUUCAAGGUUCCAGCCGGUUACAUGGAGGCGUUUACCCAAGCCGAGAUGACGUUUCUGUACCAAUGGGUGUUCUGUCCGCGGUCUAAACAACUCGUCAACCUCACAGUUCCUGAUCCAGAAGUGGAUAUUACCACCAUGCCGUAUAUUGGGCAGCACGUGGCGGAUGAUAUUGCGAUUGAAGUGGCCAACGGGAAUCUCAAUCCCCAUACAAAGGAGCCCAUUGUCGUGCCGUCAGUCGACAGAUCGCGGAUGAAACCUAUGAAGACCCACCGGAAAGGCGCAACGCCCGCGCAGACACCGGAUUUGAAGAAGGGUACCAAGCCCAUCGACACUUUCUUUAAGCCAAAGCGGACUCCUCUCGCUGAGUUGGAUCCGAAUAGCUUCACGCCGUCACCCAGUCAGCAAACUCUCCUACAGCAGCAGCGACAGUCCAAUGGUUGGGCCGCCGUACUUGCACCUCCAUCCACGUCCCAAUCUGCCAGGACUUCCAGUUUACGAAGUGGUCGCUCACCUCCCAGACGCACGACUUCGGAUUCCACCAUACGAAAUCCUGCUCCGUCACAUCCUAAGCGACAGCGGCUUUGUUCCGAUGGUUCCUUCAGUACUCCUGAUAGCGGCGGCGCAGAAGCUGAGCGCAGCCGAUUUUUUGCUUCCUCGACGGUCGAACCGAGCCCAUCCUUGCGUACGAAUCAGCGCCCCAAGAAAAGAAACUCGGACUUUGAACUAUUCUCUGAUGACUCACUGGACGAUGCUAUGGCUCAGCUCGUUGACUUGGAAGAAGCCACCACUGGGCAGAGGAAGAAGAAGAGUCAGAUACCGAUCUUCCGCGACGAGGAUGGCCCAAGGGUUGCCAGCACCCCUCAGUCGAGCAUACUUUCAAGAAGUACCACAAGUACUUCGCAGCUCUCCAUGAGUACAUUCACGCCUGCGACAUCUUAUGGUAGCCCUCGUGAUUUGGAGGAAGAAACCGCACUCAGUGCUGCACUGUCGUCGAAGGUGAAGGGUCUGCGCUCGAAGUUCACAUACAAUGCGGCGAAUACCAAGGGAGAUGCGUCACCACUGGAUUUCCCACCGAGAAUAGGAAACAGUUCCAUACAGAAGGAGAAGCCAAAUGCGAAAAGCGCGCCUCGUGUUAUCAAUGACCAAAACUUGGGCUCAACCUUGGACGAUACGCUGGAACUCGAUGACGCAGCCUGGGCAGCAAUGGAAGCUGAAAUUGUGGUGGCGGAAAGCGUGACAGAAGUCCCGCGAUCUUCACCCAUUAAGACAGCCACUUGGGAGAACCUGUUGGUAAAAGGAAGCGAGGACUUUCUCGUACCAGACAGUGAGGCAGAGAGCGACGGUUCUCCUCGUGCUGUCAGGCGGACUUUGGAUUUGGGGAGAUUCGCGUUUCGCGGGUAGCGAUCCUGCCGUUCAAUCGGGCGCAACUACUUGAGAGCUGAAGGUUUGAAUAAUCGAUGCAUAGCGUGAUGGUUUAUGGUGUCUGGCAUUUUAGGGUGUUAUGGGUUAUGCCGGACAGGGCGCUAUGAGGGUUUGCUACUGGCGUU